AUGGCAAAUAAAAAAAAUGCGCUAAAGCGUAAACGAUCGACUAAAAGUAUGGUCACUAAGACACUUGCACUAAGACGGUCUAAAAAACCAAGUGAUGUUGUUGAGGACAGAGAUCCUGAAGAAUCUUCAGUUCAAAUUCGAUUCAACAAUGUUGAUCAAAAUUCGAGUGAACCUAGUACCUCCAUUGGCUCUACUAAUGACAUAGAAAUUGAAAACAUAGACUUUGUUACACCAAUCCAAUUUACUUUGUCACCUGUUCAAAAUGUCCCAAUUGUUGAAUGUAAUCAAUCUUUUAAUUUAAAUGAUAUUGAAUCCUACACAUUACCAAGUGUUGAUGAGGAAAAUAGUAAUACUGACGUUAUUACUGACCAUUUAUCAGGUAGACGAAUUGUAGAUGUUGAUUAUAUUUUUAAACAAAUCCAAAACAGUUCACAUGGUGGUGGACUAGAUUGUUCUUUUUUGAAUAUGUCUUUUGUCUCAGAAAAACGUUAUGGUUUUUUUUCCAAAUUCAAAUUUCAAUGCAAAAUGUGCAACAUUAUAACGGUUAUUUCUUCAGAACCAUCUGAUAAAUCAUAUCUUCCCAUAAAUAAAGCCUUAACUUUUAUUGCAAAAAAAACUAAUUAUCCUAUCAACUUAAGGCAAUUUAUUUUGAAAAAUAUAUUAAGAUUCCGGACUGCUAUUGUGACAGCAAUAAGACACAGAAAAAAUGAAAAUGUACCAACAACACAGUUUUUUGCUCGGCCAAAAGCUUUAAAAUGUAAUUUAUCAGCCGACUUAUUUAAUAGUCCGUAUCACAUUUUUGGCGAACAUUCAAAGUGUGACGAUUAUUUUUGUAAAAAAAGACUUCUAGAAGAAGAAAAUUGGGUACAGCGUGCAGAAAUCUGUGAAAUGAUGGUCGAAAUAAAAAAUAUUGUUAAUCGCUUAGUGAUAAAUUCAGCAAGUUUGAUUUUAGAUUUAGGGAAAUUUAGUAAAUUAUUUUUAAAAGAUGUUGCGAGAAAGAGACGUAAUAAUGCACGAAGCCGAGAGUUAUUUCCUUCUAAAAAUAAAAAAAAUAAUAAAAAAUGCAGUGGACCAGAUGAAAACUAUGGAUUAGCAGAUGAGUUGGUUGACGAUUUAACUCCUGCAGAAUUCAAAAUAAGAAAAGAUAAUUUUCUUAACGAAUUAAAGACCAUUAAUCGAGAAAAAUUGGAAAACGAAACCAAAGAUCAAUCCAAAUCCCAACUUUGGUAUUCGGAGAGAAAAAAAAGAAUUACUGCCUCAAAUAUAGGGAAAAUAUGCAAAAUGCGGCAGUAUACAUCUUGUAAAAAGAUUGUAUACGAUUUGCUCUAUAGUUGCAUAAACAUAAAAAUAAAGGCUAUUGAAUAUGGACGUGUAAUGGAGAUCGAAGCCAAAAAAAAAUUUGAAAAUAUAUAUAAUUUGAAAAUUGCACCUGUGGGUUUGUGUGUUGAUGAGAAAAUUCUAUAUUUAGCCGCAAGUCCAGAUGGCCUCAUCGGCGAAGAUUCGAUCAUCGAAAUUAAAUGUCCAUUUUCAGCUAGGAAUUUUUCUGAUAUAUUUGACGCUAUUGACGCAGGAAAAAUUCCUUUUUGUUUUAAAGACAAACAAAACAAUGUUAGCUUAAAAACUAAUCAUAAUUAUUAUUACCAGAUUCAGACCCAAUUGCAUGUAACCAAAAGAAAAAAAUGUAAUUUUUUUAUUUAUACAGAAAAUUGGUAUUAUAAUGUAUGUAUUACUAUCGAUGAUAACUUUUGGUAUCAAAAAAUACAGUCUCAAAUACACUUAUUCUAUAAUGAAUGUUUAUUGCCGGAAUUAAUAAAUCCGCAGUUUGGUAAGAGACAUCUAGUUACCGACAUUAACGAUCCACCGAGAAUUUUAAAAGAACAAGCAGCCAAAAAAAAAUGA